CUGGUAGUUUGACAGUUGUGGUAAACAGAGCAGUUCACUCGAACAGAACAUUAAAACUUAUCAGUAUGAUAAUCUAGAUUUAAUUUUAGCGAACGCAUUCCUUGGGACAAAAAAUUCACAAUCUUAGCAUCAAACCCGGUCAAUAGUCAUGUUUUGCUGCCUGAAGAACUGUUUGAACGGAGUUCUUCCACCACAGACGGUGCAAAUUCGACGAGAACAUGAUCCGAUCCAGCUUGAUACGUCACAUAUGGGACACGAGGUGGUGGUGAUAAAAGGAGGACAACGUGCAUGUGGAUCAGGUGGUGUCAUAGCAAACACUCCUCUGUUGCAGUCCAAGUCCUACUUCGAGGUAAAACUACAACAAGGUGGCCAGUGGUCUGUGGGGCUUGCAACGCAACAGGCUGACCUGAACGAAUCAAAAGGAGGUUUCGACAAAGAAACGUGGUGUCUAACUUCGGAAAAUGUCGUCUACCACAACGCAAAGCCUCUGCAUAAACUGGAACCAAACGUAGAGCCUGAUGGAACGAUUGAUACCGAUCCCGCUGCUCUUUCAAAACUGGACACAAACGUAACUUCGGCGCUUGUGAACAACAGCGGAAUUCCCCAAGAAGGGGACACCAUCGGAGUCGCUUAUGAUCACGUAGAACUAAACUUUUACCUAAAUGGGACAAACCUUAACGUUCCGGUGCUGAAUGUUCGUGGAACGGUUUUCCCCUGCCUAUUCGUUGACGAUGGUGCGAUCCUGGAUAUCGUGUUGGAUAACUUUACUUUUAGUCCACCUCCAGGAUUUGAACGAAUUCUCAUCGAACAGUCACUGCUCUGAUCUGUAACUAUGUUAAUGUAUUUUAUAUAAGCAUUCGCCUCUCAUAUAGACUCACCUUCUUGGUCCAACUUAACAAUAAUUCUAUUAUAGAUAGCGCUCUUACAUCGUUUUAUUUGUUAAAGUAUCAACUUACCCAUAAUUGUUUCUAUUAACUUAUCCUUGCCUGACGAUCCGAUUUAUGAGAAAUAUGUAUGACUAUCAAAAAAAUAAUAGUCUCAUGUAUUGACUUGAUAGUUUUGAGCGUAAAAGAAGUCAUUAAACAAUAUGUAUUAUAGUGAAAGAAGCAUGAUUUUCAGAACGUCUGUCUUUCUUUAUGCCUAUACUUUGAUGAAAAUUGUCGUACGACAUAAUAUGCAUUCAAAGAUGGAGAACGGAAUAAGAAAAUAAUAUACAUUUAAACGAAGUUGUACCGCCAGCAAAACGAUCAGGAAAUACAAGCUGUAUAAAUAAUUAAAAAUAUUAUGUCAAAGGUAUGCUUGAUUAUUGAACAAUUUAACGCUGAUCACAUUAUGUUUAUUGUUCAUUAAAUUAUUCGUUAAUUUACUAUAAUGAAUCAGUCAUCGAAAAAAAUCGCACCCGCAGAACUCCUUACGAUAAUCUAUGCUUUCCAUAGCGGCCGUUUUGGUUAUUUUAAUGAUCCAUUGAAACAAAAAAAACAAAUCCUUAAUGCGAACACAUAGACAACAUGCAAAAAUAUCAGGAAGUAUAUUUUGCUAUCGCUGAAUAUUGACUCUUUGGUAGAACAGAGAUUUGCGAAACAAGAUGCACGUUUAUUUCAUAGGUCUUUAUUAGGCGCCAUAUUGUAUGUGGCCUGGUCUAACAAGAUUAGCAGAACAAAAAUAAUUCUGAACGACAACCUCUCCAAAUCAAAGACGUUAACUAUGUACUGAUUGUGAAUAAAUCUAUUUAUAUUGGAAA